CUCCCUCCCGCCUGGAACCGAUCAGCCAUCUUACCCUUCCCACAGCCCGAGACAGGUUUAGCAACAAUGCUGGGAAAACGAUCUAUCAAAGUCAAUGGCGCCGACUGUGGCGUCGAGGCGCUCCUCUUGGGCAUCACGACGUCCAUCGGAGGCUUCCUCUUCGGUUACGAUACGGGCCAGAUUUCUGGCAUGCUGCUCUUUAAAGACUUCAUCGACCGAUUCGCGCAGACACAACCUGAUGGCACCAAGAAAUGGGAGCCAAUUAUCCAGUCUCUGGUCGUCUCUCUCAUCAGCAUCGGUUGUCUGAUUGGUUCCUUGUCCGGUGCUUACACGGCCGACUGGUGGGGUCGACGCAAGAGCUUGACUUUCGGAGUCAUCAUCUUCAUCAUUGGUAACAUCAUUCAGAUUACAGCGAUGAACUCCUGGGUUCAUAUGAUGAUGGGUCGCUUCGUCGCUGGUCUCGGUAUCGGUAACCUCUCGGUCGGUGUUCCCAUGUUUCAGUCCGAGUGCUCGCCGAAAGAGAUUCGAGGAGCCGUCGUGGCAUCCUACCAACUCAUGAUUACUUUUGGCAUUCUCGUAUCCAACAUCGUCAACUAUGGCGUGCGAAACAUUGAAGACUCUGAUGCGUCGUGGCGCAUCGUCAUCGGUUUGGGCAUCGGGUUUUCACUCCCCCUCGGCAUUGGCAUUCUCUGCGUCCCCGAGUCCCCUCGAUGGCUUGCUGGGAGGGAAGAGUGGGACGAGGCCAGGCUUUCCCUGGCUCGACUCCGUGGACUAAAGGACGACCCCAGCAAUCCUCUCGUCGAGGAUGAUCUGAACGAGAUGAGAGAGGUGCUACAGAAGGAAAUGCAGGUCGGCCAAGGCAGCUGGGCGGAGUGCUUCAAUCCCAACACAAACAUCCCCAAGCUGGUUUACCGCACACUCCUAGGAAUCGGUAUCCAUUUCCUGCAACAGUGGACGGGUGUGAAUUAUUUCUUCUACUAUGGCGCUACCAUCUUUGAGUCGGCGGGCAUCGAUGACCCCAUCUUGACGCAGCUGAUCCUUGGCGCUGUCAACGUCCUCAUGACCUUUUACGGUCUGUACGUGGUCGAGAAGUACGGUCGCAGAUGGCCACUCUUCCUCGGUGCACUCUGGCAGGCUGCUUGGCUGCUGGUAUUUGCCUCGGUUGGUACCGCCAUGAACCCUGAAGGCAAUCGCGCCGUCGGUAUCGUCAUGAUUGUGUCGGCUUGCAUGUUCAUCGCCUCCUUUGCCGGUACUUGGGGACCCAUCUGCUGGGUUGUCAUUGGCGAGACUUUCCCUCUUCGGACUCGUGCCAAGCAAGCAUCUCUUGCCACUGCCAGCAACUGGCUUGGAAACUUCAUGAUUGGUUUCCUCACUCCACUUGCCGACGAAGGAAUCUCGUAUGGAUACGGCUUCGUCUUCUUCGGCACCAACCUAGCAGCAGCCCUCCUGGUCUGGUUCUUCCUUUACGAGUCACGCACACUCAGUCUGGAGCAUGUCGACAUGAUGUACGGCCAAGACCACCUCAAGCCUUGGACCAGCUCAGAGUGGACUCCUCCAGGAUAUAUUACGCGAAAGGAGAGAGACGAAUCACACUUCAGACGAUUGAGUGCCGCAAGCGCCAAGCACGGCACCAAGAAGCCAAGGAACAGCAAUGCCUCAGCUACUGAGUACGAGUCUGUGUAAGGGAGGAUCCUAGAGGCACGAAAACGUGUACAUGUGCAUAGAUUAUGACCAUUCCAGUAUCCUUAUUGUAACUGAUACCAAUAAAUACUUUCACCAAUGCCUGAAAUUUGACCUCAGAAGACUCUGAAUGAUCGCCGCCACCCAGGCUUCCUCCCUCAUCGAUUAUAAUCUUUCAAUGAAUAUUGAUGGUUUCACGUAAGCAUAAACCCCAACCCUAAGAUUCUUCCAAUAAUGAACCUAAUGGAGAACUAUAAAAAC